AUGAAAGUUAAAGUAAAAGGUUGGCAUGGAGUAGCAGUUUGGAGAUGGGAUGUGCCUAACGAAGAAGUAUGUGGUAUAUGUAGAGUACCUUUUGACGGUUGUUGUCCUACUUGUAAAACUCCCGGAGAUGAUUGCUCGCUAAUAUGGGGAGAGUGUACACAUGUAUUUCACAUGCAUUGUUUACUAAGAUGGCUUCAAACAGAAGGAAGUCGUGGACAAUGUCCAAUGGAUCGUAGAACAUGGGUUACUGCAAAAUGA